AUGAAGUGCUGGAACCGUGGUGAUUGGUCAGUUUUCGUUGCGAAUAGGGUAAAAGAGAUAAACAAUCUGAUUCCUUCUCAGUGUUGGCGCCAUGUUCCAGGUGAUUUAAAUCCGGCAGAUAUACUUUCAAGAGGCAGUUCCCCUCGUUCAUUUUCAGAUUCUCUUUGGUGGGAGGGUCCAUCCUGGCUCCUGGAACCUAAUAACAACUGGCCACCAGACCGUUUGGCUUACGAGAUCUCUGUGGUAGAACGAAAGAAAAGGAAGGUCAGAUUGUGUAACCUUAAUUCAGUUGAAGGGGAAAUACCUUGGUAUACAAUUAGGUUUUCGAAUUUUCAAUCCAUCAUUCGAUUAGUCGCAUGGAUAUUGCGGUUUGUGAAAAACGCAAUGAGUAAACGUGCAUUUCGAGAGACUGGAGAUUUAACCGCUCAUGAGAUGGAACAUGCUGAAAAAACUUUUAUAAAAAUUGUACAAAAUAAGUAUUUUCCCUCCACCGACUCUAUUCCCAAUAUGAGUGUCAUCUCAGACAAAGAGGGUAUAAAAAGGGUGAAAACGCGCAUUACAGAGCGAUCAGACGACCCUGAAUUUAUUUGUCCAAUUAUUUUACCAGACCGGUGUAUAUUCACCCAGCGUCUGAUAGAAUAUUAUCAUUUACAAAAUUGUCACGCUGUCAUUUACAAAAUUGCCCAAAUAUUACUUGGAAUAUUAACGGAGCGAUUUUGGAUAGUGAGGGGCAGAAGAGCGGUCAGGAAAGUCGUAAAAAAUUGUGUAAGAUGCAAUCGAUACAAGGCUAAGGCUCCCGGUUGCGAGCCGGUGUCGCUACCAGGCGAUCGUGUCAAUGACGCAGCGGUGUUCGAGGUGGUAGGAGUUGAUUUGGCAGGACCCUUGUAUGUGAAGGGAGGUGAAAAUGUUUGGAUUGUUUUGUUCACAUGUGCAAUAUAUAGGGUCGUUUAUUUGGAAUUGACUUCCUCAUUGUCUACCGACGCAUUCUUGUUGUCAUUGAGACGAUUCGUAGCCAGAAGGGGGAGGCCGAGAAUAAUUUAUUCCGACAACGGAACUAAUUUGAGAGGAGCCCAAAGAGAACUUAGUAACAUUGAUUGGGAAAAAGUUUUGAGGCAAACGGCUAUACAACGUAUAAUAUGGAAGUUUAAUCCUCCCACAGCCGCUUGGUGGGGAGGCUGA